AGAGGUCGCGAUCCGGAGGGUCUUCAGGGGUGGAUGCGGCCUUCUGAUCUCUUUCCAACUUCCUUGCCGCUGCUCUUUAAAGAUGGCGAUUUUAUUACCCUCUCAGCAAGCAUCGGUUCAUUCAUUGCCAAGAAAGGGAGAAGAGAGUGGCGAGCAGCGGAGGAAUAUUAUAGCCUACAGGCUGCUGCUUACUACGCCUAGGAAGAUGCAGGCGCCAAAGAAGCCAGGAGAGGUCUUCUGGCCCAAGACAGUUCUCAAGAAAUGGCUAAAUCUCAGAACCAAUGACUCCGAGUUCAGCGCCGACGAAGGCAGCAACGAUAGCGGUCUUGAAGAAGAUGAUGGAGAGUGCGGUGGUUGUGAGGCGAACGAGGGGAAGAGAGCGAGACGGUUUCAGACUGAGGCAAACGAUGACAACCUCGAGAGCAUCCCCUACAAGUUGAAGAGGAGGAACUCGGAGACCCUUCGCGCACAGUAUAUUAACACCAAGGAACUCAGGGUCUGCAUCGGGACAUGGAAUGUCGGGGGCCAAUUUCCACCGGAGAACCUGGACGUAUCAGAGUGGGUAGAUAUGGAGGAGCCUGCUGAUAUCUACGCACUCGGUAUACAAGAAAUUGUCCCCUUAAAUGCGGGCAAUAUCUUUGGCGCCGAGGACAGUCGCCCAGUUACAAAAUGGGAAGAUCUCAUUCGUGACACACUAAAUAGGAUUCGGCCCAUCAAACCGAAGUACAAAUGUUACAGCGAUCCUCCUUCUCCAUCCCGGUUCGAGACAUCAGCAGAUGCUACCAUCACCAUGGACGAACUGCUCUCUGAGACUGACAGUGACGACGAUGAAGAACAACUUUUCAGUCAUACUGGCAGCAACGUCGAGAACCCUACGAGUGCUGAUGAUUCGAAAAGCUCUCUGGAUUCUAAUUCUGAUCAUGCUGAAUCAGACCCACCACAGGAACUUGAUCCGACUAAGCCACCCACCACGAAGAGAUUACAAAGGCUGAAUCACUUCACUUUGUUAGAUUAUGAUGUGAACUCAGCAACAACAACAACAACGACCCAGCAAAAGAAGCUGCUGAAGACUCUCAGCACCGCAGAGAGGAUUGGGUUGAUCUGGCCAGAACAGCCAUUAGACUUGUUACCCGAGCAUGCUUUAAACAAGGCAUGUUCCUUUAGGUCAAAUAAGUCUUUCAGAACUCACAAUCCAUUCAAUCCGGUGCGUGGUGAGCUCAAGGAGUCAUCAGAGAUUGGUUUGGUUCCUGAGCUUGACUUGAACGUUGUCAGGUGUAGAAAGAAAAGACUGGCUUUUGUGAGGAUAAUAAGCAAACAAAUGGUCGGAAUCUACCUCUCAUUAUGGGUCCGCCGCAGCCUGAGGAAGCACAUCCGCAACUUGAAGGUGUCUACUGUCGGUGUGGGUGUAAUGGGUUACAUCGGCAACAAAGGCUCCAUAUCAGUCAGCAUGUCAGUCUAUCAAACGCUCUUUUGCUUCAUAUGUAGCCACCUAUCGUCAGGUCAACAAAGUGGGGACGAACUCCGAAGGAAUGCAGAUGUGCAAGAAAUCCAUCGCAGAACCCAGUUUAGCAAGGUUGCUCGUAUGGGAAUGCCCCAAACAAUCCAUGACCAUGAAAGAAUUUUCUGGCUGGGAGAUCUAAACUACCGCAUCGACUUGUCAUUUGAGAGAACACACGAACUUAUUGCCAGCAAAAAUUGGAGUAUGUUGGAAGGAAGGGACCAGCUGAAGCGGGAGCUGAAGAAAGGACGCGCUUUUGAUGGGUGGUCAGAGGGUGCAAUAGACUUUCCACCAACCUACAAGUACGAGUUCAACUCCACAACCUACGUCGGACACGACCACAGGGGAGGAAGGAGAAAUCCAGCUUGGUGCGACCGCAUUCUUUCGUUCGGAAAGGGUGUGAGGCUUCUGAGCUACAUAAGAUCCGAACUGAAGCUUUCAGAUCACCGUCCUGUCACCGCCAUUUUCAUGGCUGAGGUUGAGGUAUUCUGUCACAGAAAACUGCAGAAGGCUCUGAGUCUAACAGAUGCAGAGGUAGAAGAUGGACAAACGUUGCCGGAUUUGGAUUUCAAUCAUGAGAUGGGCCAUCCAGUCCCAGGGGAAGUGAGUUGUGUAUUCUACCAUAACAAGCAUUCUUUCAUUUAGUUACUGUCACCCCUUAUUUUAGCUAAACCAAUAAAACACCACAAAGAACGCAUGGUGAAGCAUGAUCUAGUUAAUUUAAUGAGCCUGG